GGGAACGCUGGUUUUUCCGUGGGGAAGUUCGACGUGGAGGUUGCCGCUCGUGGCCGGGAACGUGUCGCGGGGACUUGCUAGCGUGGGAUUCGGGACUCGCGGCUUGGAACCCGGAGGCACUGACCAGGGUUGGGGCCCCUUUCCUGCGCCUGGGAUGGAGCCGCGGUCAGGGCGACGUGGUUCUAGAUCGCUGUGGCUCCUCAAGAUGUCAAUCUUAAUCAUAGGACUUGGCAUUGUUUUAUUUAUGUUCAGAAGUGUGCCCCUUUUAGCAAAGUUCAGUAGCCUCAAGGCAGAGCCCUGGUCUCCUGCUCCAGGUGUCCAGACGCUGAAGCUUCUACCCGAGGAACGUCUCAGGAACCUCUUCAGCUACGAUGGAAUCUGGCUGUUCCCGAAAAAUCAGUGCAAAUGUGAAGACAGCAAACAGCAGGGAGGUUACAACUUUCAGAAAGGCUAUGGCCAGAGCGACCUCCCAGCGGUGAAAGCGAGGCGACAGGCUGAGUUUGAACACUUUCAGAGGAGAGAAGGGCUGCCCCGCCCACCGCCCCUGCUGGCUCAGCCCAACCUCCCCUUUGGGUACCCAGUCCACGGAGUGGAGGUGAUGCCCCUGCACACAAUUCCCAUCCCAGGUCUCCAGUUUGACGGACCAGAUGCCCCCACCUACAAGGUCACCCUGACAGCUUCUCUGGGGACAUUGAACACCCUCGCUGACAUCCCAGACAAUGUGGUGCAGGGCAGAGGCCAGAAGCAGCUGACCAUUUCGACCAGUGACCGGAAGCUUUUGAACUUCAUCCUCCAACACGUGACAUACACCAGCACGGUGUACCAGCACCAUGGGGUGGACAUGGUGAGUCUGGAGUCCAGUUCCUCAGUGGCCAAGUUUCCAGUGACCAUUCACCAUCCUGUCAUACCCAAGUUAUAUGACCCUGGACCAGAGAGGCAGCUCAGAAACCUGGUGACCAUUGCCACCAAGACUUUCCUCCGGCCCCACAAGUUCAAGAUCAUGUUACAGAGUAUUCGAGAGUUUUACCCAGACCUGACCGUGAUUGUGGCUGAUGACAGCAAUAAGCCUCUGAAAAUCGAAGAUGACCACGUGGAGUAUUACACCAUGCCCUUUGGGAAGGGUUGGUUUGCUGGUAGGAACCUGGCCAUAUCUCAGGUCACCACCAAAUACGUUCUCUGGGUAGACGAUGACUUUCUUUUCAACAAUAAGACCAAGAUUGAGGUGCUGGUGGAUGUCCUGGAGAAAACCGAACUGGAUGUGGUAGGCGGCAGUGUGCUGGGAAACACGUUCCAGUUCAAGCUGUUGCUCGAACAGGGUGAGAGUGGAGACUGUCUGCACAGGAGGUGGGGAUCUUUUCGGCCCCUGGAUGGCUUCCCCAGCUGCGUGGUGACGAGUGGCGUUGUCAACUUCUUCCUGGCCCACACAGAGCAACUCAGAAGAGUUGGCUUCGAUCCCCGCCUGCAGCGAGUGGCUCACUCAGAGUUCUUUAUUGAUGGGCUAGGGAGCCUGCUCGUGGGGUCAUGCCCAGAAGUGAUUAUAGGUCACCAGUCCCAGACUCCAGUGAAGGACGUAGAGCUGGCUGCCCUGGAGAAGAGCUACAGCACGUACCGGGCCAACACCAAUGCUCAGAUCCAGUUCAAGCUGGCUCUCCACUACUUCAAGAACCAUCUCCAGUGCUCCACAUAAAGGUGCAGGGGCAUAGGAAAUGGACUAGGGUGACUGGUUGUGGGCAUCUAGGGCAGUGGAACUGGUGGUCAGGGAUGCCAAAAACGACCCCUGGUAAGCUGGGAGUUAGGGCAAAUGGAUAUGGCUCAGUUACUGGAAGUACCAAUCAAAGGUUAAGGGUUAUUAGAGGUGAACCAAUCGGUGGUGAUUCCAUUGGACACUAUAUUAAUGACAAUUAUUAUUUGUUUGUAUGCUGCCUUAUCUUUUAUGAAGAAUUUGCACAUACAGUAUCUCAUAUCAUCUCAUCUGAUCUCACGCAGAAGAAUAUGUUGGUUGGUAUCCUCUGUCAAAAGAAUGGCUGUGACUCCCUGUGAGUUGUUUAGUGGAAAUUAUAUCACAGUCAGAAGCAUCA